AUGAGCGACUUUGAUUCUGGAGAUGACCUCUUUGACGGUGUAGAUGCCGACCAGCUCCUGUCUAGCCAAAAUCUUGACUCCGCGGAAAAACGAAAACGGGAGUCUGGGACGGGCGACCACACAAACGUGGCGAAAAGACAACGAAGCCACGCUGAUGGGAAAUCGGCCCUUGAAGAAUGUGGAGAGUUUGAUGCCAUCUCUGAUGAUGUCCUCAAUGGAACGGAUAUUGCGAACGAGCCAGCUCGGAUGCAAGUGGCUCAAAAUCUGCUCACCGAAAUGUUCGGGUACGAAGCCUUUCGUCACGAGCAAGCAGGCGUGAUCCAAAGACUCCUUGCUGGCAAGAAUGCUCUGUCAAUUUUCCCCACUGGUGCUGGAAAGUCGCUUUGCUAUCAGAUACCGGCCAUUGCCUUCGAAAAACUUGAUUUGGAGAGUGGUUCAAGAGCACCUGGAGAGCACGGUACAAGCAUUGUGGUCUCACCACUAAUCGCCCUGAUGAAGGAUCAGGUGGAUGCACUGCAUCGGCGAGGACUGCCGGCUGACUGCCUUGACUCAACAAAGACCUGGGAGCAACAACAGCAAAUUUACGCGAGCUUGCGCGAAGGCAAACUUCGCCUCCUAUACUGUGCCCCGGAGCGGCUGAACAACGAAGGCUUCGUUGCAACGAUGCGUCAUGUACGCGGUGGUAUCCGCCUCCUAGCUGUUGAUGAGGCACAUUGCGUUUCCGAAUGGGGCCAUUCCUUCAGGCCUGAAUAUCUCAAAGUUGCCCGAUUUGCCGAGGAGAUCAAGGCGGAACGGGUUGUCUGCCUGACGGCGACUGCAACUCAGAAGGUCACCGAAGAUAUUUGUGCCGCCUUCGACAUUCGACCUGAAGGCGUGUUUCGCACCUCCAUAUAUCGCCCAAAUCUUAAUCUCCACGUCCGGGCGGUAAAGACUAAGCAAGACAAGUACCCUUUGAUCUUUCAGUUCCUAAAAGACCACCCGGGGCCGACUCUAGUCUACGUCACUCUCCAGCAACAAGCCGUGUCCAUGGCGGCUGACCUGCGAAAACAGGGCUUUCAGGCGGAACCUUUCCAUGCCGGCUUGAAGGUGGAGACAAAGACAGAAGUCCAGGACAAGUUCUUGGCCAACAAAGUGAAUAUUGUCGUCGCAACUAUUGCAUUCGGCAUGGGUAUUGACAAGCCAGACAUCCGCAACAUUAUCCACUUCGACCUUCCGAGUACAAUCGAAGAGUACUGCCAACAAAUUGGUCGCGCCGGGCGGGACGGGAAAACCAGCGAUUGCAUGUUUUACAUCUGCCCCGAGGACUGGUACAUGCGAGAGAACUUUGCACGAGGCGACCUGCCAUCACGCGAGUCUCUCAGGGGGUUGAUGGACGACAUCUUUAGUCUUGAAAACACAUCCAAACCGGUCGGGGAUACUUUCAAAACGAAUCACCGUGUUCAGUCCAAAGAUUUCGAUAUCCGCACAGGCCCUCUGGCUACCAUCUAUGCAGCGCUCGAGCUACGGUUCAAUCUGAUAAGAGCGAUUACGCCAGAGUACAGCGAGCACAAGUUCGAACCAACAAAUGAAUAUUUUGGAAUAUUAAAGAAAGACACGUCUCCAGAGGGCAAGGCAAUAUAUGCUGGCGCUUCCAAGAAGCAAAAGUGGUGGUACAUUGAUGUUGGAAACGUUGUUUCACGGACAGGCGUACCCCGGGUUGACAUCAUUCGUAAACUCAACGAGCUGCAUGACACCGGCCGCAUCCAACUCAAGGCUGGUGGCGUCGAGCCGAGAUAUCGCAUCUUGCGAUCGCUGCCCUCCUCUAACAAGGACAUUGAGGCUCUGGUCGACAAAGUACACGAGGAUCUAUCACGACGCGAGGAGGAUGCCUUGCGCCGCGUAAAGCAAGUCGAAGAUUUCAUCACGGGGGAUAAGUGUAUCGCUCUGGCGUUGGCGCAACACUUCGGCAUGGAUUUGCCAAACCGGAAAUCUAAAUGUGGUCACUGCACACACUGCCUGACUGGGGGACGCACCGUCAUGCCGCCAAGGAUACAGAAGAAAACGGAUUUGGCUGGGAUCAGGCGAAUUCUGAAUGCUUGCGACGUACGAGAUGAUCCAAGAUUCUUGGCCAGGAUUGCCUUUGGCAUCAAGAGCCCGCGGGUAACGCAGUUGAAGAUGGACAGGCAUGAAGUGUUCAUGUCACUAGCUGAUCAUGAUUUUGGAUCUCUUCUAAAAGAAUUCACGAGUGCUUGCAACGCAGCAAAGAAGGCAAAGUAA